ACCAACACAAUCACUUAUCAAAUAGCUAACAAUUCACAAGAAGAAGCAAUGGCACACUCUCGUUUUUUUAACGUUUUGUUAGUCCUAAUGACCAUUGCUUCCAUAUUCUCCACAUUUGCUGAGGCCAAUAGGGGCUUUGGGUGGGGUUGGGGUGGGCACUCCAACAAUUCAAGUGGUUCAGGCUCAAACUCGAGGUCCGGAUGGGGUUGGGGUUGGGGUCAAGGCUCCAACUAUUCAAGUGGUUCAGGUUCAACCCCAGGGUCAGGAUGGGGUUGGGGCUCUAGCCGAAACGGCUCAGGCUGGGGUUGGGGUUGGGGCGGGGUUCCCAACAAUACACACAACUCGGGAUCUGGCGGCUCGGGUUGGGGCAUGGGUCCUAACAACAAUUACAGCUCGGGAUCUGGAGGGUCGGGUUCGGGCUGGGGAUAUGGAGGUCAUUCAAAAAACUAUAAUGCUACCUACAAUGGACCUAGAAAGAUCAUAGUGGGUGGAGACAAAGGGUGGAAUUAUGGUGUCAAUUACGCCGAUUGGGCUUCUAAGACUGCUCCAUUCUUUCUCAAUGACAUACUUGUUUUCAAAUAUAACCCACCAGCCCCGUUCACGCACAGCGUCUACUUGCUUCCGAACCCAUCGAGCUAUGAAAAGUGUGACGUGAAGAAAGGCAAAAUGAUUGCAUCCCCGAAGCAAGGUGCGGGAAAAGGCUUUGAGUUUGUUCUAAAACAGAUGAGACCUUACUACAUUUCGUGCGGCGAGCAUGAUGGUGCUCACUGCAACAACGGUACCAUGAAGUUCACCGUCAUGCCCAUGCUACCCCGUUGGUAAUGUGGUAUUAAAUUCAAUUUCAACGU